GGUAUGUGCACAGAGUGGUGAUAUGAGUCUGUGCAGACUUGUCAAUGCUGCAACUUCCUCACCUGCUCCUGCUGCAGAGACUUCACAACGGGCCUGCCCAACACACCAGAAGAACGCUCCUACGCCGCCAUCCCUCCCCUUGGCCCUUGGCACUCAUCACUCUCUGAGCCUAACUGUGGCCCCCUGCUCUCCAUCCAGUGAUGCUUCAACUCUAGUCCCCAACCUUCAACGUGCACCCACAUCACUUCCCAACCCAGCUGUAAGCUCCUGGAGUCCAACAGGAGACACACAGAAAACAUCCCCUACACUGGCCAUUACCCUUCCUCUAUCAACUACAAUGAUGGAGCCCAGCACAGUGUCUGUCCUGACAGAGGAGUGUCUUCUUCAGCCAGCCAGAACCUGCCUCGGUUGCUUUAUAGAAACCCGUGAUGCCUCUGACCCUAAUUCCAUCCAGAAUCCACCCCAUGAUCCUAACAACAACUCUGAUGCAGACCCUGGGUUGAGCGUUAGGAUAGGGGAUGUGAGUCGAGAGGAUUUCUCUGACAUCAACAACAUCAGCAUUCAGUGCCUAAGCCAUGCAGGGGAGGCAGUGAGUCACUACGGGGAGCAGCUCCUCUCUGACCAGCUGCUUAGCUUUCCUCUUCCAAAAGCCCCAAGUGAGGGCAAGAGAGCAGACGGAAACAAAACAGAGGAAUGUGAUGACCCAGAAGAUGAGGCAACUGCCAAGAACUUGUAUGAGGGACUGUUACUGGACAAAGUCAGUGGAGAAGAGGUAUUGCUGGCUAAUGCUAGUCAGGACUGGGGAUACUUUGAGUCCUUCAUCAGCGAGAGUAAGAUGGAACUGUUGGACCUUUGCUCUAAAAAUGAGCUAUCAGUCAACCUCUUUUCUGAGGAGGAUGUUGACAAUCUCUUUGAUGAUGAAGACGACGAUUCAACGCUAAGCAGCGACGUCUGCUCGCUUAAGAUUCGCUACGAGUCUUUCCAGGACAACAUGAGGGAAAAAACAAAUGUGCUCCAAGAGGAGACACAGUUCAACUUCUUCCCCACCCUCCUGGCCAACUGUGCCAAAAAAGAGGAAGGAGCACCUGUCUUGAGGAGGAGCGUUGAAGAGACGCAGACCAAAACUGAGGAGCUAAUUGGGGAGACAGCGCUAGAAGGAAAAGGUGGAGAGUGCAGUGGUAGGAGCCCACUUGAUGGCUCUCAAGACUCCCCCAUGUCCACCUCCAAGGUCAGCUACCUAAUAGACUUCAAUUCCACAGAAGAGUCAGGAGAGUUCAGCGAUGACAGCUCCUGCACUGGCUCCUCCUUGGAUACCCUGCAAGACGGCAAGUUUAAAAAGGCCCACUCUAAGAGAUUUCUCAGCCCCUCAAACCCUCUCAACUAUGGGCUACGCUCCAAGAGAAAGGUUCGAUACAGCGAUGAUUACUUGUAUGAUGUUGACUCACUUGAAAGUGAAAAGAAUGCUGAAAAAAAAGAGAAAGCUCCCGCUGGUCAGAAAGAGGAGGAAGACGUUGACUGGUGCCCCAAAAAACGUCGGAAAUCCAGUCGAAAAGAGCCACCCGUCGUCAUCAAGUACAUCAUCAUCAACAGGUUUAAAGGGGAGAGACUCAUGUCAGUGAAACUGGGCAAGCUGAACCCUGUGGAUGCGACUGUGAGCUUAAAUGCCGACACAGUGAGCAAAUAUGAGACACUGGCUCCUCUGAAGGAUUUCUGGCAGGAGAAGCAAAGAGAGAGACAGGAACGGCUUAAGCUGGUUGCCAGAGAUAAACAACAACGUGGUUUUCAUCUAAAUGGACGCCAUCAUCGGCCUUUUAAUUCUAGUCAUCCCAAAAGGAAAUACAAGAUUGCAAACAGGCUUAAGGUUCAGAGAAUUCAAACUGUGGAGCAAUCAGUAACAACACAGGGUACCUUUCUCUCUGAUCAGAGCCACACAGGUGUCAGUAAAGAGGACCCCACCCCCACCGUAGAGGAAAUAAUAGCAGCCCCAGGCCUCCCAGACACAUUAGACACAAACUUCAUCACACACACAAUCACAACCAAGAGUCGCUCCCAGGAGCUAGCAGAGAGGGAGGGAAGAAGACUGGGAGGAAAUAAAAUAGUCAGGAUAAGGAAAUUCAAAAGUGAAGCCAGGCUGAGGAGUAAGAAAAUGAAAGAGGCAGAAGGGGAAGAGGGAAGGAGUGUGAGAAAUGAAACAGAUGCCUGUGUCAGUGCAGCACAGAUUGAGGAUCCUAUUGCUGGGUUAGAACAGGCAGGCAUUAGUUCAACUACAGUCAAACCCCAUUUCUCAGACAAUAACACCACAGCUAACGCAUCAGAGGAGAAAUUUCCCUUUGUUUCAUCCACCUGCUCUCCUGACAAAGGGACCUCCUCAGAGGAGGUGGAGACAAGUGUCCCUGUCAUCCCAGGGGGCUACCUGCAGACCCUGUUAGAUGCCACAGACUCCUCUAGUGGAGCAGCUAUCUCAUAUUUCCCCCAGCAGUCCUCUAGGCAGCAGUAUUCUCUGGGGCUGUCCCUGGAGGAGAAGCAGUUUUCCUCUCUGCAGCUUGCUCAGAGCUGUGUCCUCUCACCUCCAUCUGAGUCGGAGCUCCAGCAGUCUCCCCAAAACUGCCCUAGCUUUCCCCAGAUGUGGCACCCACAGCUGUGUGCAAAUCACAACCAGAGCUUUGGGUCUGAGACCCCUGAGACUCCCAUCUUACCCAACACCUUCCCUGCUGCUGUGCCCCUGAAUGACAACCUGCCAGUGUCUAACUACAGCCAGUUGAGCCCUGAGGCUGACAGGCUGCUUUAUGAGAAGAGCUACCUGACUGAGGCGGGGCUGCAGCCUGGGGCAGAUCUGCAAGUGUGUCAGUCUGCCUGUGUGGAGGGCCAGGUGCAAUACCAAAGAGGGUCCCUGUGCACAGACAAUGGGAGGCUCAUCAGCUAUGACUCAGUGGGCUCUCUGUCAGCCUCCUCCAGCAAUUACAGCUCUCUCAGCCUCAAGUCUUGUGAGCGAGAGGGUGAGGAGGAAGGCCGAGACAGCUUCUUAGCUCAUUGCAGUCCUAAAGUGGUGAUUCAGCAAAGUGUGGAUGCCCUUACCCCACUCAGGGAGUCCUCAGACCUGCUGGAUAUCUCCAACUUCACUCCUGACAAGUUCAGACACUCAUCGCUGUCAGAGCUUUCCCCUCCUGAGACCCCCAAUUUGUCCCCCCAGGUGGUGGGGCGUGAAAUGAAGAUGGCAGGCAAUGUUGGAGAGUACCAGGAUGUGAAUGAUAUGACUAUAGACUGCAACAGGGAGGUAAAGUGGAACUGUGAUGCCAUACAGCAACAAGAAUGCACUGCAAAUGCAUACACGGUAGAGGAUAGCCAGUUUCCACUGCACAACUUCAACAGUCAGGAUGUCAUAGGUUUAGAUAAAAAGGAGCUGGGAGUUACUGAAUUUAAUGAACAGACUGGUGCGAAAAACAUAAAGUCAAAGAGGAAAGGUAACUGCAAACAGACAGCUGCAGGACAGAGCCCAAAGAAAGCCCGGGCACCCAGAGCUCCCAAGUCUGAAAAGGUCAAAACUCCCAAACAGAACUCUCGGUCGACCAAAAAAAUAAAGGCCAUGUUAGAGGGCAAGGCAGCAAAGAACCAAGCAGGUGGCACAGGCCUGACUGACAGUAGCAGCACUGGGGACUGGCCUGGCACCGGCUGGUCAGAGAACAACAGCCUGGUAGGAGAUGACCAGAGAGAAUUUGAGGAGCCUUCCAAUAUUCUGUCCAACAUCGUCUCCGGCAUGGCCGAGGUCCAAAGAUUCAUGAUGGCCUCUAUCGAGCCACUGUGGAAUCCUAUGUCUGAGGCGUGCAUGCCCUCAGAGGCCAACAGCCUCAACCUAAAGACCCUCAAAAUCUUAGCUGGAACGGAGGCUGACCUGAAGAAAAAAGGAUCUGUGCUAACGGGAGCCGGCAGAGGCAGAAAGUCUGGAGGGAAAGGAGGCAAAAAUCAGGCCAAAUUCACGCCAUCUCACCCCCUGUUCCCUCAGUUAGCACUGGGCUGCAACAUGUUCGAUAAACCCAGCUUUAUUAACCCCGGGCCUGCGCACAAAAAGCUAUACCGCCACAAGACAAGCGCUAAGUUCCCUCGGAUUGAGACACUGAAGGGGAAACGAGCUGAGAGAGACCCAAAUAAGGACAUAGCACUGAUGACCUCUUUUGAGAAACUGAGAAUAUGGAUGUCCUGUUGUUGCUGUUCUUCAUACACUGCCUGGCUCAUUUCAAGAGGGAAGCCUACACUUAAUGAGCCCUAUUUAAGCCCAAGACAUCUUUAAACACAAAAAGAUGGGACCAUUUUGUAUCGUUGACAUAUCAGACACCUUGUCUUUUUUCUUUCUUUCUACCCUCAAAGUUGGAAUGACUCCCUGUGUUCUUUUACUGAGUGUAUCUUUUACUUGUGGAGUUUUAGAGGAACUGGUGAUAUAAAUUUACAUUUUUACGCCUUGCAAAUUCAUAAAAGCUCCACCCUCAGAGUAUUUUUGUCAAUGUUGUUGUACAGAGGACAUGCAAUAUUUGCAAAAAAAAAAAAA